UGUCACUUUUGGGACACUUAACAUUCAUCAUAGGUAUAACACUACUUCUGUGGAAUAUGAGUAAGACGACAUUCCCAUUAAGAAAGACAACAUAAUCUUGUACGAUACUAAAUUGUCAUUAUAACGGAACGCUAACUAAAAACGUCGGUUUAAUUCUUCCCUGAAAUUAGUGAUGUUUAAGUAGCCAAUUAACCAAAUCAACUGGAGUUUGCAAAUAAUUCGAGCGUUUCCGAGAAUUUGGAAACUUGAUAAUAAAAGUAACCGAUAUUUUUUGUAACGAGGAACUCAGUACUAUAGUUUUAACCAUCAGACCAGAGCUGCGAAUCCGGAGUCACUUGAUUUCUCGUGCUACAACACUAUAACUGUGAAUAGGUUCAACUUUGAGUGUCCUAAGGAACAAUACAUCAGCUCAAAAAUGACAACAAAGCCUAUUUAUUGGUAUCGGAUUUACCCAGGGAGUAAGGUUGAAACGGAUCUAUGGAUAUUCACCAGGCACCCAACAUUUCGGGAUACAUUCGAUGAGAACGACUACGGAUAUGCCAUUAUGAGCAUUUUUGGAUACUCGACUUCAUGGCUGAUCAUCGCCAUCUUGCUAGCUUGUAAUCCCACCACAUCUCUAAACUGUGAUAAAGAGUUCACCUACUUCGAAACAUACGGCCAAAAUGGUUUCAACGUCACCUGCAACGGCAUCACCAAAGGUUACGAACAUAUCCUCGAAAACAUCACCAUCUACAACGAAAUCUCGCUCACCAUCACCAAUUCAACUCUGGAAAACAUAACACCCAAUAUCUUCAGACGCGUAGACAACAUUAAGAGCCUCGCCAUAGUGAAUUCAGAACUCAAAUUUGAUCCGAAACACGAAAUAUUCAGCUACUUAAGAAAAAUCGAAUCGUUGCAAAUUAAAAAUACAAAACUUUCAAUCACCAAUGCGACUAUGAGGAAGCUGGUGACGCUGAAGUACUUGGUGUUGCGAAACAACAAUCUUGAGUCUGUGGACGAAGGCGGACUUCAGGACCUGGAAGCUCUAGAGAAGAUGGAGCUAACUGAAAACAACGUUGCUAAUGUUGAUGACUUACACUUGUGCGAUUUGAAAAGCUUAAAAACGCUCAACCUUCGUGGCAACGUAAUCAGCACCCUGAAGUUGUUCUAUUUUAUGUGCCGAAAGACCGGAAACGCUCUAGACUUUACCAUUAAUGACAAUAACUUUGUACCUUUCGUCAACAAGGGGUCAUAUUUCAACAUCACAGAUAGCAAUUUCGAUUUGGUCGAUAUAGAUUUAAGUUUCAACCAGAUACUAGACAUCGGGCAUGCGUUGGAAGGUUUAAUCAAGUUGAAAUACUUAAAUUUGGCGAACAAUCAGCUAAGUCGCAUCAAAUUCGUCUCUUUUAAAACAGCAGACAAGCUUGAAAGGUUGAACCUCAAAAAUAACCAAAUUACCGCGAUAGAGCCGCAGGUAUUCUUGAAUAAAACUUAUUUGAAAGUCUUAGACAUAUCGCAUAACAGGCUGACUAGCUAUGUCGUUUCCAACAUGCCCAAGCUGGAGAUUUUAAACUUGGAGUAUAACUCUUUAAUCAACGUUAGCCUACAGAACAUGGGAAAGUUGAAGACUCUGAAUUUGGCCUACAACGCACUGAGGAAUAUAACCUUGAUGUUUCGCAAGGUUCCGAAUUUAACCAGUAUCAAUUUGUGCGGGAACCAAGUGCACUUGAGGAAAAACUAUUUCAAGGAAGUCCCGAAUCUGGAAGAGUUGAGCUUAAAUAACAACUCGCUGAGGGAAUUGCAGUCCGAGUUAUUUUCGGGGCUGAAGAAGCUGAGGAUUUUAGAUCUGAGCCGGAACAACUUGGUGUGGAUAGGAAACAACGUUUUUAACGACCUCGAAAACUUGGAAUCGUUGAAUAUUUCUUACAACGAUAUAGAAAACUUGCCGUACAGCGUGGUGGAGCCGUUGAAAACUUUGGAAGUACUUGAUAUAUCGAGCAACAAGAUCAAGUUUAUAGAGUACGAUCUUAUAAUCUCUAAAAUUCCGACAUUGUCGAUCGUAUACAUAAAAGAAAAUCCGCUGACCUGCGACGUUUUGGCAAAGAUUAUAGCUUUUUUGAAGAAACGUCGUAUUUCCUUCACCGUGACUGAGGCUCUGGAGUUCGAAGCUGAGAACAUUGCUGGUAUUCCGUGCACGGAUUCGGUGGACAGUGGCGCGGUAGUGACAGUGCACACUAAAAGUUCACCGAGUGGAUUGUUUAAUUUCGGGGUCAGCUUGUUGACGAUUUUCGUGGCCUUGCUUUCCGCUAUAGUGACGUACAGGGCGUACAUUUAUUUGAAGCGCAGACAGUACAGGGCGGAUGAGUUUGAAUUAGUGGAUGAGUAGCAGAGCUUGUUGAUUGUUAACAAAUAAAAUCGUUUUCAGUAGUGGACUGUGUUCUGUUAGUAAAGGCAAUUGAAAUAUUUCCAGUGACGAUUAUUGCAUUAUACGAAGGGUAAAUUACUAUGGUAUUUUGGUUUGUUUGGUUUUGAAGGAAACGGAAUUUCAUUUAAAGAUAACAGCGAAGCGACGCGGAAAAAGAAAGAUAUGACCACUGAUAUUUACUGUCGUUAGACAAU